AUGGAAUCAGCACUGACAAUCUUCUUCAUGUCCCUCUUUGUCCUAUUGUGCGUCCUGGGGUUCCUGGCCAAUGGAUUCAUCGUGCUGACACUGAGCAGGGAGGGACUGCAGCAUGGAAGGCUGCUCCCCUCGGACAUGAUUCUCCUUGGCUUAGGUGCCUUCCGCUUCCUCCAACAGUGUCUUGGGCUGGUGUACUGCAUUUACUUCUUCUUCAACCUGGUGGACUUCUCCUUGAAUGUUGCCUGGCAGCUCCUUUCUCUACACUGGGACUUCCUGAACUCAUCCACCUUCUGGUUUGCUACCUGGCUCAGUGUCCUGUUUUGUGUAAAGAUUGUUAACUUCUCCCACCCUUCCUUCCUCUGGUUGAAGUGGAGGUUCCCAGCCUUGGUGCCCUGGCUCCUGCUGGGCUCUGUCUUCAUUUCCCUGUUGGUAACUUUGCUGUUCUUUUGGAUGAACUCAGCUGUGUAUCAAGCACUCAUAAGGCACAAACUUUCUGGGAACAUGACUGAUAUGGAAUGGAACAAGAGGCUGGACAUUUGCUACAUCAUGCCUCUGAAACUUGUCAUGACAUCAAUUCCAUGCUCUCUUUUUCUGGUCUCGAUUUUGCUGCUGAUUGGUUCUCUAAGGAAACACAGACUGAGAAUGCAGGACAAUGCUGAUGACCCUCAGAUUCGUAGCAACCAGGUUCACACCAGAGCUCUAAAGUCCCUCGUCUUCUUCCUUGUUCUGUAUGCUAUGUCUUUCAUAUCCAUGGCUGUUAAUGCUACAGUCUUUAUCACCUCCGACAGUAGGUGGUACUGGCUAUGGCAGAUCUCAACCUACCUGGCCAUCAAUGUCCAUCCUUACAUCCUUAUCAGCAGUAACCUCAGGCUUCGAGGCAUGGUCAGGAAACUGCUGCUCUUAGGCAGGGGCUUUUGGGUGACCUAA